GCUGGGCUCAAAAGCUUGCGCACAAUCAAUCUUCGAAGGAACCACAUCACCAAUCUAUCUGCGAGUGUGUUUCAAGGGCUGCCGAAUCUAAGUGAGAUAUACAUAGAUGCCAUUGCGCUGGUGAGCGUGUUUCAGAAUGACAUCUCAGUACUCAACAACAUUCACAACCUGAAUGUAUACAACAACCCUUAUCAAUCUGUGAGGCAGCUUCCAUCAGGAAUCUUCAGCAACAUGACGAGAGUGACGGGAUUGAGGAUGGAAGUAGUUGACGAUGAAUUCUUGUAUGAGGACAUGUUCAUUGGGCUUUCGAGCUUGCGGAAUCUCAUGCUUUCCUACAAUCAAAUUUCCACUCUACCGAACGGGGUUUUCAACGGGCUGUCAGGUUUGCAGACUCUCGACCUUCAAAGAAAUCGGAUAUCAAGCUUGUCUGCUAGUGUAUUUGACGUGCUUUCAAACCUGGACCACCUCACUAUCGAUGCUAGUGCUCUGGCGAUUGUUUACCAGGAACAGGAUUUCAUGUCGUUGUUGGAACGCCUGACACGCUUUGAUGUUUACAACGAUCUGCCAAAAGACUUUUUGCCAAUCUUUCAAGACAGCGUGAGGAAUAUGUCGCGACUGAAAACCUUGACGUUGAGAGGUAUUGAUGAUACCUGCUUGCAGACGGACAUCUUUGCAAGGCUGUCGGCCUUGACUACUCUUGAUUUAGCCUGGAAUAGUCUGUCGAGUCUUACAGAAGGUGUCUUCAACGGUCUGUCGAGGUUAGACUCCCUUUAUCUCGAGUCGAACCGACUCAUUGACAUCUCGACGGGCGUUUUCUCUCCGCUGUCAAGCUUGCACUCUCUCUACCUCUACAGAAAUCAGCUGACCAAGAUUUCAGCGGGCGAUUUACGCGGGUUGUCCACCUUGACUCGGCUUGACCUCAGCAACAACCUGCUCACCUGUGUCUCCUCGAACGCCUUCACUCAGCUCACGAACCUUGCAGAUCUCAGACUCAAUGCAAACGAUCUCAAC